UUUGCUGCUGUACGCGCAGUUUUCACAGCACGGUGGUUUAUAUGUACAUAUGCAUAUUUAUAUUUUAAGAUGAAUUUAAGCGAUUGAGAUAAAUUAUAUCGGACAAUAUAUGUUAUCGCUUCGCCAGUCGGUUGUGCGUUUGCAAAAAAUUAUUGUUGCACGAGGGGAAAUGUGAAGGUUGCUUUUACGCGCGAGGCACGACAGUUCGUGACAUGUUACAUCGCUGACCCAACUUUCCUGACUUUUGAGGCCAAAUGGCGAUUACUAAAUAAAACGGAUGAUUUUCGCCUUCCUCAUCACGAUGUCGGGACAGAGUGGUGGACGUCGAGUGCAUUUAGCUAAGCUUAAUGAGCAGUUAACAUGCAAAUUGUGUGGAGGAUAUUUCAUUGAUGCAACCACUAUCAUAGAAUGUUUACACUCAUUUUGCAGAAGUUGUAUUGUUAAAUAUUUGGAAAAUAACAAAUAUUGCCCGAUUUGCGAAGUACAGGUUCACAAAAGCAGACCGUUGUUAAAUAUACGACCCGAUCACACAUUGCAGGAUAUUGUAUAUAAAUUGGUACCUGGAUGUUAUCAAAAUGAAAUGCGAUGUCGGAGAGAAUUCUAUGCGAAACAUCCGGAACUGUGUAAUCAAGUGACAUCUCCGGAAGCUCGCGGAGAACCUAUAGAAUCCCACAUAUAUUCUCCAGAUGAGUCUCUCAAUUUAUCUUUGGAAUAUUAUAAUCCUCACUCGAAGGAUUUGAGUGAGACAAGUGCUAUUAAAGAUGGUACACAAAAGUCGUUCUUAAGGCGAUACUUGCGGUGUCCUGCAGCGGUUACAGUAUUUCACUUACAAAAAUUAAUAAGAGCCAAAUAUGGCCUUAGUGAUACGCAUAGAGUUGAUAUAAUGUACAAAGAGGAACCUUUAUGUAGUAGUUAUACAUUAAUGGACGUGAUGUACAUCUAUCACUGGAGACGGAAAGUACCGUUACAUUUAAGCUACAGAAUAUUCGAAUCGUCUUCGAAACGCAUAAAAUUAUCAGAGGACAAUGCCAAUUACAAGAAAUCGAUAACCGAUGCUGGCAUUGAUUCCAUAGAAUUGAAAGACGAGAAGUCGUUGAAACGCGAAUGGAAGGAAGUGCAGUUAAAAAUAUCGGAAACCGGUGUGAUGAGUAUAACCGAUAUAUCGAACACGGUCCAUAAAAGAGACACAGGUAUCGAUAAUUUGCAAGAUGACAAAACUUCCGAGAACACUAUCACUUCCAUAAUCGAAGUAAAUAAAGCGGAUUCGCUAGUUGAAAAUUGUGAUACAUCUAAACCUACGGAGAUGAUGCGACCUACCUUGGUUAUCGACGCUCAGGUGACAACAAAUCCAAUAUUUCCUGAUUCGGACGACGUGUCCCUCAUUACGAUUGACGUCAAGCCCAUAUCUGAGAAUUCAUCCAAGAGUGAGUGUUGCACACUAAUGACUCAGCAAAAUGGAAACGCAACAAGACAGACAAAUGAAAUAGGAAAUCAUACUGUUGCGAAGUCGCAACAAGAUAGGCGAGAAAUGAAAAAUUGCAAUCAAGCUGCUGAUGUCAAGGAGGAGAAAACGGUAUUGCAAGAGCAAAAAAUUAUUAGACCAACGAUAGAAGAUGUGGAAGAAAACGCAUCUUUUGCUGGAAAUAAGGACGGGAAUAUCGCCGAUAAGAAGUUGUCGAUAAAUAAUAACAACACAGAUUUUAAAACUGAAGCUCAGAAGGAAUGCGCGAAGAAUAUAAGCGAGGCGAAAACAGGAAAUUCCGGAUCAAAAAUUGAUGCGUUGAGCGUGAAGUUGCAAUUUCAACCAAAAAUAGGUCAAGUUAAUAACACCUACUCCAAGAAAACGCCAAAGGAAAAGCGAGUUUUUCAGCAGAAUACGAAAAAAUCUGACGGUAAAACAUUGAUGGAAGAUACGAAACCAACUGACGUAAAAGCACGAACGACUUACGGAAAUGCGAUGGAGAAAGUGUCGGUCUCGUGUUCCACGGCAACUUGUACACAAAAACCGAUCGUAUCCGCGGCGACGUCUCAGAGCGUUUCGACAACGGAUCCUUCAUCCGCAUCUGGCAAACAGGAAGUUGUCUACGACAAAGAUAAUCAGAGUACAAAUAUUGACGUGCAGCAAGCUCUGGAUUUGUUGGAACAGAGAACAACAAACUCAUCUGUCCAAAUACCGAGCGCGGAAUCUAUUCCGAGCCACGCGACCAAUACGAUAAAUCACAGAUCGCAAUGUUCUCAGAGCAGCAAUACAGCGGUCCAGAUGAGUGAAAAUAUUGCCGGUGCACAGAACAACGAGUCCACGUCAUCGGUGAAACCAGUGCUCAAAAACUCAAACAACAAUUGCGUGCCACAGAAAUUGUUAGGAGCGUCACCCGUCGCUUUUUCAACAUCCAACAAUUCAGCGUUAUCUGUGUCUCAAUCAAGCACGCAAACGUCAUCAAUGAGUUCCACAUUAGUGAAGAAUAACUACUCGAGUAACGACGCAACUAUCAUAACGGCCACGUCGACGGCAACGAUUACAACAACAGUGGCGUCGAAACCGGCAUCGUCGUCCGGCGCGGUACCACCGUGUCCGGACGCGAUUCCCAUAUCUCUGAUGAAACAGGCGUCUAUGCGCAAGCAGGAAGCGACCGCCAAGGGCACUAAUCUAAAUGAACUUUGUGCGAAAAUCGGCUCGAAUACGAUUGGCUCGAAGAUCAACGAUAUCUGUGCAAAAAUAGGAGAAAAUUCGAAGGAGAAAAACAAACUGGAAGGGCGCGGGAAGUUGGAUGUGCCGGAUCUGCUUAAAAUAAACACUAAGAAAAGUCCGUCGUUAUUUACGUCUGACAUGGCAAUCAAACACAUACCGAAUAUACCCAAUGUUCCGGUGUAUACUCCUAGCACGUCUACGGUACAAGAGAGUAAAUGCACGAAAUCUGUUUUGCCCACAUCAACGUCGUCCAAUCCGCUCGCGGUAUCAACGUCAUCGUCGGUACCAUCCUCGUCGUCUCACGUAACCCAAAGAAUGUCUUUGAAAAAGCAGAACCAACCAAUGGGAUACAAAACAUUACGGGAUCCGCCCAAGUCUUGGAAUCCGACAUUGUCGAAAAAUAAUUACGUGGCGGUUAAAAAUCAAGCGAAGGAGAUGCAGAUUCAGAUCGCGUCCGAAGGUACGAGCAAGCAGAUUCCGUCGAAACCGGCCAAGAUCUUCAAGAUGCGAAACAUGCCGCGAUAUCUGGGCAAUCCCGCGUCGGGUGUAAAACCUAUGUACGGUGUCGCGAACGACACGAAGGAGAAGGACCAGUCGACGACUAACACGAAGAGCGUCACGCUCAAUAUGAUGAAGAUCGAUCCCAAAACUCUGUCGCCUAUCGUUUCCACGGUCAAUUCGCCGAUUAUUUCGCCGCCGCCUUAUUCGCUGAACGCCCGAAGUUAUCAAAAUACUCCGUUUCCGCGGGACAUAUGUCGCAACACAGGUUCUCCCAUAUCGCCGAGAAAUUCUCCUGUGAACAUGUUGUCGACCAAUCCGUUUAUACCGUCUCCUACACCCAAUACAAAUCCACGAAUCAUAUAUUCACCUUUUCCACCUCCGUUCCCGGACGCUAGUCGAUUCCCGAGUCCUUUGAUACGGUCGCCCAUAAAUAUCCCGCCUCCCAGUGCCUUCCAUAGCAGUUUACCGCCGUCGAUCAACAAGCUGUAUCAACGAUCGAGUUACAUACCACAGACCACUGGCUACUCGCCGGUGUCCUCCGGUCAGCCGCCGGCGGUACAGAGAAUACCACCCACUCAUUCGUCCUCGCCGAAGUCGCCCAAGACCUCGUCACCGAGUUCGAUCUCGUCCUUUAAUCUUGGAAAAGCGGAGUCGCAACCGCCGAUCACGUCGACGGUGGACAGCGUCGCGUUACUUUUGUCCAAAAGCAUGCCCAUACACUCGCUGCAACGCGGCACAGAACCUAACGCGUUCAACUUGUCGAAAACUGGCAGUUUAACCCAAACGUCGAUUUCAAACGUCGUCGAGACGUCGUCUGCGAUAAGUACAAAGGAUGCCGUUACCGAGACACAAGCCGCCAUCAAGCAGACUUCUUCUUUGGCAUCGCAUAAUUCCGCAUUAGUCACGAAUGUCGAUGUGUCUGAAAACUUGGGCUCGCAAACGAACAGCGCGAACGAACGGAAGCAGUCUAAAGACGCGGCGGAGACGCAAGAGACCGCGCGAUGUAAAGAGGAAAGUUCCAAACCGAAACUCGUAGACACAAAAUGCGUCGUUGAGAUUGCGGACAACACCGUGAGCUCGCCCGAUAAGAAAGAAAAGAAUCAAGCAGCAGCAAAAAUCAAUGGCGACGUUACGACGGAACAGUUUGCUAAAACAAAAUCUAAGGAAAAUAACGGCGACGAGACGACAGCAACGACAGAAACGACCGAAUCGGGCGGCCAAGAUGAGUGUUCGUCGCUCAGAGAACAUAACAAUCCGAAGAACAAUGCUCAAGCCAAUGUCAGUAAUUCGCCAAUGAACAUCUCCAAGAACGAAGAUCUUGGUAAGACCAGCGAUCAGAUACAGGGUAAAAAAUCCGAAGUGCAAAGAAACAAAGCGGAAACGUAAUCGUGAGAAGCAAAGAGAUUCUUUAAGUAAAAAAAAAAACGCAAAAC